UUAUUUAUUUUACAGUGUAUCUUUUGUAUAAUUACACGAUUGUUUAUGGUUGUGAUUUAUUUUGAUAUAGAUGAAUAUUCGACAUGAUACUUCAAUUGAAACUAAGUUUUGUGUUGAUUACAUACAGCUCUGAUCUACGUCCACAACAUUUCUUCGAUAAAUCUAUUUCAAGCAAAUUCAUCCAGAAAGACUAUAUUGUACAUGUUGUGAAAGAGCAUCGUACAAAUGAAGUGACUUUUUUUUAUAAUUCUGGCCAUCAGCGUUUUGCAUUUACUGAAAGUGUUAAAAAUUCUUCUUUCAUAGAAGUAGAAAAGAGUUAUGUUAAAAUUUGCAAAGAUUAUAAAAUGACUUAUUGUAAAACGUACAAUAGAACAAAAAUAACCGAAAAAAAGUCGUUCAUACCAGAGAGAAUGAAAGUUGGUGUAGAAUUCGAUGAUGAGGACAGUGAUUUUCUUUUGGGAAUUGUGGAGAAGAAAAAGAAAACAUUCAUUGAAAGAUAUAUUGACUUAUUAGCAGAUGGUCUUCAUACUAAGUUAAGAGCCACAAUUAUCAUACAAAAGGCAGACAUCGCCAUCCAUAGUGGAAAUAUCAGAAAAACUUAUUUGACUUAUUCUUCUUCUGUAACUCACAUUCCAACUACAUUUGCAAUACGUGCUGCAAGACCUUUAGAUAAAGCCCUUGUUCUGGUAAAACCCUUCGAUGUCAUGGUAAUGUUUCAAAAAUGCUAAUUUUUUAUCUAUAUAGUAAAGAACAUAUUUUUUGCUAUGCAAAUCGAAAUUUAAAUAUAAAAAAUCAUUAAAUAAUUUAUAACAUAACAGAUUGACUUACUCAUAUUAUAAUGCGAUGCAACACGUCAAGAACUAUUUGCCUCCAGGGCAGAUAUUUAUGCUAUGUUUAAUUAACAUAUAAAUAGAGAAAUCCCCAUUGUUAACAUGUUAGAUAUUAGAAGAAAACCAAGAAUCCCACGCAACCAGUACAUGGUGGAAGCACAAUCUCGAACCACUACUACAGCAUUUCAGUGGUUUUAUCUAGUUAGCAACUGCUGGGCUAUGACGCAUCGCGUGUCAAAUUAAACGCAUUUUUAACGUAAUAUGUAAUAAAGAAACCAGAAAUUUUAAUUUUUUCAAUUACUGCAAAAAGGUUUACAAUUUAGUACUUAAUUAAAUUAUAAUUUUAAAACUUUGA